AUUCUGUUUGGUAUUUUUCUCAUUUCUUUUCAGAUCUCUGUUUUCGUCGAAACCCUAAUUCUACCAAAUUCAGUUUCAGCCUCGGAAAACCUAUCUCUCUCUUUCUCUCUCUCUCUCUCUCUCUCAACGAUUUUGCAAUUCAAUAUCGAUCUCUCAAUCUUCCUCAACGCUUCGUUCUCUGAAUCAUCCAGGGUUGUUGCUUUCUGAGGAAAAUGUCUCCUGCAUCCCGAUCUAAGUCUAAAGACAAAAAGGCAACCAAGGAAUCUCAGAAGCCUUCUGCAAAGCCGUCGGGGUCUGGUAAUGGAGUAGCUGGUAUUCCAGCAAGUGCAUACAAUCCCUUACUAGGAACGUUCCAUACUCUUGAAACGUCACCAACAGCUACCUCACCAAUACAUUCUAAUGGUCGAUUCCGGAACAUAGAUGAGACAGAUGAACAUCCUGGUGGCUCAAUGGUUCCGGGAGUUGAGUAUGAUUCUGUUUCAAAUAAUGGUAGUUGGUCCGGUGAGUCUGAAGACCAUAAAGAAAAAGGUUCUAAUCCUCCUGUUCGACCAGAAACGGUACCGGGAGCUGAUAAUGAUAAGCGAGAGAAAAUCCGCCAGAAGAAUGAGAGAAAACAUCAACGCCAAAAGGAAAGGCGAGCGCAAGAGUUGCAUGAGCGAUGUAGUGGUUAUCUUAUGUCCAGGAAGCUAGAAUCGCUUGCUCAACAGCUUGUGGCAAUGGGAUUUUCUCACGAGCGAGCAACAAUGGCGUUGAUACUGAAUGAGGGAAGGGUGGAGGAAUCAGUAGCAUGGCUGUUUGAAGGUGGUGAAGAAACAGAAAGUCAGAAGGAUAAAAAUGUAGGUACAGGCAAUUUGAAAAUUGACAUAUCAGAAGAGCUUGCGCGGCUUGCCGACCUGGAAACAAGAUAUGAUUGUUCAAAACAGGAGGUUGAAAGAGUGGUUGUUAACUGUGAGGGUGAUCUUGAUAAGGCUGCAGAGUCCUUAAGAGAGCUGAAGCAAAAUCAUUCAUCUGCUCCACCAAAGCUAGAAGAACCUGGUGAUCCCCCUAUUACUAGCAAUGGUAAGCAGUUGGGAGUUGUGCUACAAACAAAACCUGUUCCCUUGCCAAAUCAACCUAAAAAAAAUGAAAAGGAUUUUAACUAUACAAAGGCAGCAGCUACAAUAGGAGUACAAUCAGAAUCCGGUAAUAAAAAUAUUCAGCCUUUAAAGAGAAUACAAGCCAAGUCUGAAUGGGCAAAGUCCCAACAAGCUACCAUACUAGCUGACAAAAGGUGGCCAGGUGCAGGAUCUAACCCAUCUGUUUCUUAUUCGCUGGCACCGCCUUUGCAAGCUUCUCCCAUACCUUCCAUGACUGAAGCUCGUUAUAUGGCUGUUGGAGGUGAUAUUAAGAACCUUCAAACCGGUUCGGCUAGGGAACCUGUUAUUGUGAUGCAGCGAUCCCAAACUGUAAAUGCAAAGCAGGUCCCAGCCACCAGCAUGAGUUCCUCUCCCCCUGGUAUGGCUGCCAGUUGGUAUCCAACCAACGGUGUAGAAGCUUUGAGGUCUAAUGGCUUUAUAUCUCACCCUCCUACCAGUAGAAGCCUUAGUCCAAACUUCCUCAAUUCUAAUCAAAUGUACCACCAACUUCAGUAUCAACCUCCACAACAGUUUGUUGCAGGCAGUAGCAAUUCAAUAGAUCCCCAGGCAAUAAAUCGAGGGAAUAACAUGUGGAGUAGAACUGCUCCAUCAUCAUCACUCCCUGUUGCUUCUUCACUGGGUCUCUUUUCUGGACUAGGAUCGGCAGCCACAUCAGGGGCAUCUUCUCCGGUAGACUGGAGCACUGGCGGGUCAAUGCAGUUCGAUUAUACAAGCAUAGACUGGUCGUUGGAUAAAGGCUUAACUUCACCAAGGUCGCAAUCUUUAUGGCUAGGGCUUUCACCUUUUUCAAAGAGUAGUGCUAGUCAUAGGUAUGACUCAAAUGCUUCAGGAGUUGUUGCUCAGCAGGGAAUGAGAUCGAUGCCUUCUAAUGGGAGCAUUGUUCCCAUUCCUGGUUUUCAAGAAGGUGGAGUAGCUUCGGGUGAAUCAUCUGCUGCUGGUUCUCGGGAGUGGAGUUCUCCUUUUGAAGGGAAAGAUCUUUUUAGUUUACCCAGACAGUUUGUUUCUUCCCCUACUCUGUAGAGUGAGAGAAGAGAGAAACUGAAUGAGAAUAAUAAUGAAAGAAAGACCCAGAAAAUGUGUGUGGAUUUGAUGUUGGUUUUAAUGAUUAUACAGUUAAUGGUUGCAGUGGGAAGAACAUUCCAAGAGCA